UCCAUACAAAACAAGUAAACAAGUCUCUGUGACGCAAUCAGGUGCUUGAGGGUUUGUAAAUAUUCAACAAGUAAAGGAUUAUACAUUAACCAAAAAUAUGCAGUUUAAACACGCGUGCAUUUACACAUAAAGGAGAUACUAUCGGCCCUAGAGAAAUGAAAUAUAUGACGCCGAGAAUCGUGGGAAGUUUAACGAUGUACAGGAGUUUGUUUUAUUUAUAACUGUGGUUUGUGUUGAAGGAUUUCUAUUCUUGUGGAGUGAGGUUACCAUGGUAAUCAUCAUCUGUCAAAUAUUACUGUGUGUAAUAUACACCACAGCGUAUGAAAAUGCAGCAUUACGAAAACCAGCAUGGCAGAAACAUAACUGGCCUGAGGCACAUUAUGAUGUGGAAUGGGGCGCAGCGAAGGCUGUGGACGGAAUGUAUACCGACCGUGCAGCAGGAGGAAACCAAUGUACUCUAUCAGGCCCGAGUCAAACAACAGCGAUGUGGAGAGUGGACCUGGAGAGUAUGGUCAGCAUUAGUCACAUUAACAUCUACUAUAGGACGGACAAUGUUCCGAGCCCCGGUGUGUUUUAUAAUCGAUUUGCUGGAUUUUACCUCUACGUAUCCAAUACUACGUCAAAGGAUGACGGCCAUCUUUGUUUCCAUGAAAUACAGAAUGUGGACGGUACUCCAGUAGAGAACCAGACAAUAAGCUGUUCUGUUCAUGGACGAUAUGUGAUAUACUACAACGAACGGAGACCGGGUGUUACCUACCCUAGCUACUACUCACGAGACGCAUAUAAUGAACUAUGUGAAGUGGAAGUUCAUGGAUGCUCUGACCCAACAUUUUACGGAAAGAAUUGUGACCAACCGUGUCCCGAUAAAUGUCAAGAGAAGAGGUGUAACAUCAGUACGGGACACUGUCUGGGCUGUAUACCGGGUUAUCAAGGUCUUCGCUGUAGUCAAGUAUGUGAUAAACAGGCGUAUGGGCUGGAAUGUUCGUCAUCAUGUGGGAACUGUAGCGAUGGGGAGCCAUGUCACUAUCAAAACGGCACGUGCCCUCGGGGAUGUGAUGCUGGGGUAUAUGGGGAGAAAUGCCAGAUACCAUGCCAACCUGGUUUUUAUGGAAAGAACUGCGGACAGAGAUGCAGUGAGAACUGUAAAGUGACAAAUCGUUGUAGCAGAUUUACUGGGGAGUGUGACGGGGGCUGUAAACCGGGAUGGAAGAUGCCAACAUGUCAGCGAGAAUGUGAUGGUGGGAUGUACGGCGCAGGCUGCACACAGAAAUGUGGUUCCUGUCUAAACAACAAACAGUGUCAUCAUGUUAACGGCACGUGUUUGAGUGGCUGUUCUUCAGGAUACCAGGGAGGACAUUGCAAGGAGAACUGUCCCAGUGGGUAUUUCGGUAUCAAUUGUGAGAACAGCUGUACCGUGUACUGUGGUAGAAAUGGUAGUUGUGAUCAGACCACUGGGAUAUGUGAUGGAGGAUGUGAGGAGGGGUGGAGCGGGCCUCUCUGUGGUACAGAAGAGUUAUCAUCCCGCGUUACAAGUUGUACAGAUGACAACACCGCCACCAUCAUAAGUAUUGUAGUAUCUAUUUUUAUAGUGCUUAUUGGAAGUAUCAUCAACUUCCUGAUGUGGAAGAGAAAUCAGACAGAAUAUGCAAAGAAAGGAGAAACCUGUAGAAGUGAAACAAGGAGUGCUCACAAUUCAGAUAUACCAAGCGUUUCAAAUCGGGUUGGAUCCCCGUAUGCAGAACUGGGAGACCUUGCCAAACCGAACACGUAUGAGGAACUUCACCAUUAUACCGAAUCUACCGGGAAAGUCUAAGACGAGUUAUUUGUACUGCAGUUAUUUCCACUGUACUUAGUUUUCUAUGAUGAACUUUCACAUAGAACGUAGCCGGAAAAGUCUAAGACGAAGAUAUAUAUUAUUUUUACUGCAUUUAUUUCCACCGUAUUUAGUUUUCCAUGAUGAACCUUCACAUAUAAUGCAGUACAGUUUUGACGUCGAACGUCCAAUGUAUUUCAUUUUGUUGUCCACAAGGCUGACCGUUGAUGAGUGUGUUUGUUAUUUUGAAUGCAAUCUAAUGUCUCAAUGAUUUAUGAACAUAUGACGGGAGUACGUGGGAUAAAACUGUUGAAUAUUUACUUAUAUCUUACAUGAACGGUGUGAACCUGUCUUUAUAUAUUUUGAAUGUAUAUAUAUAUUUAUAUAUAUAUAUAUAUAUAUAUAUAUAUAUAUAUAUAUUGUUGUAUUAUCAUUGGCGCCCUAGCGAUUAUAUCCCAUGUCAAAAUGACCGUGAUUAACUGAGAACUCACGGGAAAACAUGAUAAAUUGUAAUUGUAUGUAUUGAAAUCUAUCAAUAUUAUUUUCAUUAAUUUAUUGAAUCAUAGAAUUACUUGCGGUUUUGGCGAAAUUCUGCCAAGUUUUUAUGGGGAAAAAUUAGUUUGCGUUGCAGAUAUUUUCUUCUUUAAUUUUUAAAAGAGUAACUCAUACAGGUAGUUACUCACAAACACAUAUGGAAAUCAACUCAUAUAUGCGCAUGCGUGUUACAUAAUCAAAUAAAGUAAGGGUCAUGAAACAA